AUGCCAGGUGUUCCUCCCAAUGCGGUCGAGAACCUCAAGCGGGUGAUGAAGGGGAUGUUCAAGCGAGCGACGUCGAAGAAACAGGACCAGGAAGAAAAGCCAGCUGCGACUCCCGCCGCGGCAGGCAAUGUCGCAUCGAGCCAACCUGCCGCCGCAAUACCAGGCACGUCAUCUACAACGACCACCGUUGGUCAGCAGGGCUCGAAUACACAGCUGCCAGCAACACAGCCUACGGCAGUAGACCACACAAAGCCUUUGACCACACCCGCAACAUCGAGCGCGACGCCCGCCACAAUUGCGACCGCCACCAACACUACUGCAGCAGCCGCAACAAUCCCUACCCAGGCAGUCGAAUCCUCUCCGAUUGGACCUGCGAAUCCGACAGGUAGCGCACCGCCUCCCUCCGAAGCAGACCGGCCUGCUCCAGCACCAACAGCAGCCGUGCAAGCACCACCGGUUGCCACAUCGUCGCCCAAAGUCUCAGCGACCGAGGAUACGCCUGAAGUUGUUGGCAAAGGCUCGGUUCAGGCGACUGAAGCACCAGCUGAGUCCGAAGCAAAGUCGGACACGAGCGCGCCUCUUUCGCUUCCUAGUGCGACGCCGCAGGUGCCUGUCAAGGAUUCGGAGUCAGUCGGGAAAGAAGCUGUUGCUGCGAAGCCGGAAAAGGCCCCUGAGCCCGGUGCUCCAACCUCUGUUGCGCCUCAAGCUGCGCCAGGCAUGAGUGCAACAUCUGGCCCGCUGGAAGACUUUCCCACAAGCGACAAGUCGCCAUGA